GCUCCCUUAAGAUCGCUUCCCCUUUCUCUCUCUUCUCGCUUUUAUCUCGCGAUCCUCUCACUUCAGAUCAAAACGAACCCUAGAACAAAACCCCCCUAUCUCCGCCUCCAGAUCCCAUCCUCUUCCUAUAAAAGACGCCGUUUUUAAAUCCUCACCCUAUAAAUUCAACUCGCUACUCCUCUUCCCGCUUAGAUCCAACGUUUUCUUGCUCCUGAUCAUCACUUCGUGCGUCGAACCAGUGAAAUCACGGAUCUGCUUCUUCUGUGGUAUCUCAGUGAGAUCUUGACCAUCGAUCACCUCCGAUCUAUCCAACCAGCUGAGAACCCCAAGGAAAUAAUCCUUUCCGCCACCUCUUUUCUCUUUCUCGGUCAUCUCAGUAACACCUGCCUUUUUUUUCCACUGAAAAACCUUGUUUUCGGCUCAAAUAGCGCUAUUUUUAGCUCAUAGUGUAAGGUCUAGUGCGUAGUUGUCUUGGAAGAACGCCGAUCAGAUUAGGAUUAAGGACAGAAGGUGUUCCAGUGAUAGAGAAUCUGAGCGCAUAUCGGGCUUUACUAAGCUUUGUUUUGUUAGUUCAUAUAUUUGUACAAAGAGGUUUUUUAAGUGAGGAAUAUGGCGGAUCCGGGCUUGGAGGGGAGCCAGCCGGUUGAUCUGACCAAGCAUCCGUCUGGUAUUGUGCCCACGCUGCAGAAUAUUGUUUCGACUGUGAAUUUAGAUUGCAAGUUGGAUCUUAAAACAAUUGCCUUGCAAGCCCGAAAUGCUGAGUACAAUCCCAAGCGUUUUGCUGCAGUUAUAAUGAGAAUAAGAGAACCAAAAACCACAGCAUUGAUUUUUGCGUCUGGCAAAAUGGUGUGCACUGGAGCUAAGAGUGAAAUACAAUCGAAGCUUGCUGCUCGGAAGUAUGCUCGUAUUAUCCAGAAGCUUGGCUUCCCUGCUAAAUUCAAGGAUUUUAAGAUUCAGAACAUUGUUGGUUCUUGUGAUGUGAAGUUUCCCAUAAGAUUGGAGGGCUUAGCCUACUCUCAUGGUGCUUUCUCCAGCUAUGAACCAGAAUUGUUUCCUGGUCUGAUUUAUCGGAUGAAACAGCCAAAAAUUGUACUGCUCAUUUUUGUGUCAGGCAAGAUUGUUCUAACUGGUGCAAAGGUGAGAGAUGAGACAUACACUGCAUUUGAGAAUAUUUAUCCUGUGCUGACAGAAUUCAGGAAAACCCAGCAAUGAUAUAACCCUCAACUCUCUGUAAGUGUAUAUAGAGAAGGAUGGAUGCUCUCCAAAUGGGUGAUGGAAGGAAGUGGAGAGUGUAUUGGUUUUUAUUGCCAGUUUUCAUCUAUAGCUGUAAUGUGAUUGAGGUUUUAAUAAAACUGUCUUCUUUCAA